AUGGCCACCGUCACCCUGCCCGAGCCCUUUGCCGGCAUACCCCGAGAGUCAUUUCUCUUCGGUCCCUCGCCCAUCCAGCACCUGCCACGCAUGUCCAAGGCGCUCGGAGGAAAAGUCAACAUCUACGUCAAAAGAGAGGACUGCAACUCUGGUCUCGCAUACGGCGGAAACAAGACCCGUAAACUCGAAUAUCUCGCGUCAGAAGCCCUGGCACAAGGCUGCGAUACCCUCGUGUCCAUCGGAGGCGUGCAGUCAAACCACACCCGCCAGGUAUCAGCAGCAGCCGCCAAGCUCGGCCUCAGGGCCGCCACCGUCCAGGAGCACUGGGUCGACUGGCAAGACGCCGGCUACGAAAAGGUAGGCAACAUCCAGCUCUCGCGCCUGAUGGGCGCCGACGUGCGCCUCGACCCGUCCACCUUUGGCAUCGAGCACAAGACCACGCUGGCCAAGCUCACCGCCGACAUUGAGUCCAGCGGCGGCAAGCCCUACUACAUCCCCGCGGGCGCAUCCGACCACCCGCUCGGCGGCCUCGGCUUCGCCCGCCGGGCCUUCGAGGUCGAGGCCCCGGAGAGGCAGUCCAGCGGCGGCAGGCCCUACUACAUCCCCGCGGGCGCAUCCGACCACCCGCUCGGCGGCCUCGGCUUCGCCCGCUGGGCCUUCGAGGUCGAGGCCCAGGAGAGGCAGAUGGGCGUCUUCUUCGACACCGUCCUUGUCUGCGCCGUCACGGGCUCGACCUUUGCCGGCAUGAUUGCGGGCUUCAAGCUCGCCCAGAAGCAGGGCUCCCGCCCGCGCAGGCUCAUCGGCAUCGACGCCUCGGGGAAGCCCGGCGAGACUUUCGACCAGGUCCUCCGCAUCGCCAAGUUCACCGCUGCCAAAAUCGGCCUGUCCGAGGACGACGUCACGGAGCGGGAUGUCGUCUUGAACAGUGACUACAAUGCCGGCGUCUACGGCAUCCCGGACGAGGCGACCAUUGACGCCAUCAAGUUUGGUGCCCGGACAGAGGCUUUUAUUACCGACCCCGUGUAUGAGGGCAAGAGCCUGGCGGGCAUGAUGGGACUGAUUAGGUCGGGGGAGAUUUCUGCCGGGAAUGUGCUGUAUGCUCACCUGGGUGGGCAGUUGGCUCUGAAUGCGUACUCGGAACUUGGACUGUAA